ACAUUACACUGCUAGUGGUUCUCUAAAAUUCACCAAGCUCCAUGAUGCCCUCCAACUGUUUGAUAAAAUGCUUCAGAGACAACCUCGACCUCGUCGAAUUUAAUAAGCUAGUUACUGCUAUUGUUAAGAUGAAACAUUAUUCCACUGCCCUUUCCCUCUUUAGACAAAUAUAUCUGAUGGAAAUUCAGCCGGAUAUCUAUACAUUCAACAUCUCUAUUAACUGCUAUUGUCGUCUAAAUAAAGUUGGUUAUGGUUUUGCCUUAUUAGCCAUCAUCUUCAAACAAGGUCAUUCCCCCGAUUUAUUGACUUAUACCACCCUCAUUAAUGGGCUUGUUCUAAGUGAUCAGGUUUUUGAUGCUGUUGAGUUAUUCAAGAAACUGCUUCGAGACAAAACAUGUGAGCCUGAUCAGUUUAUGUAUGGAACCGUUGUUAAUGGGCUCUGUAAAGUAGGUCACUCUAAGAGGGCCCUCGAAGUGCUCAGGUUCAUGGAAAAAAGCACUUGCCAACCCGUGGUACAACAUUACAAUCCAAUAAUCGAUAGCUUAUGCAAAGACAAUAUGGUUGAUAUAUGAUGCACUACAACUCUUCACCAAUAUGACUGAGA